AUGGAUGAAUCAGAAUCCGAAACUUCUCUCGAUGAUAACGAAAUGACGCUCAUGCUAUGGUCCGACCCCAACCUCUUCUCUCACCUCCUGAACGCCUGCUGCCUACUCCCUUCGCCGCGCUCCCUCCGCCUAGGCCGUCAGCUCCACGCAAUCAUAGCCAUCGUCGGUGCUGCCUCUUUCCACCGCUUCACUGGAAACCACCUUUUCCACAUGUACCUCAAACUUGGCCGAGUCCCCGCCGCCCGCGUCGUGUUUGACGCAAUGGCGUGUCGAAACGUGUUGUCCUUCAACAUCCUCAUCGGCGACCUCAUCCACAACGGGGACAUCAACGCUGCCCGCAAGCUGUUCGAUGAAAUGCCAGAGAGGAACCUCGCUACCUGGAAUGCCAUGAUUGCCGGGCUGGCUCACUUCGAGCUCGACGAGGAGGGACUCGAGUGCUUCCUGAGGUCGAGAAGGGAGGGCCUGCGUCCCGAUGAGUUUGGUUUGGGGAGCACCUUGCGAUGCUGCGCCAGAUUGAAGGAUGCAGGUUCUGGUCGCCAAAUCCAUGCCUUCGUGGUUAUCAAUGGGUUUGAGUAG